AUGUGUCGACAGAAUGUGUCACCGCCCGUCGAUGUGCAGUCGACGGCGGACCGGAAACGUGAAGGACCGGAACGCUCGGCGAAGCGCGACAGACAGUAUGGCACCGUGACGGCCGCGAGUCAAAACAAUGCUCCGGUUAAGGGCAGAAAUGGACCACAGACGCCCCUGUCCCAGUCGCCGCCGAGUGCCUCUUGCAGCCCGUUCGCCACGAACGGCGGUGGCGGCGGUGGUGGCGGCUACCACGGUGGGCAGGUGUUCUUCCCACGAACGCCGGGCCCGGCCACCGGCGGCCGUAAUGGCGGUCGCGUGUUUUUCCACCAGAGCGGCGGCACAUCCGGUGGCGUCGGAGGCAGCGGCAGCAUCGGUAGCGCCCAGCAGCAGCCACAGCAGCAGCAGCCACCAACGUCGGCAGCCGCGGCCACCACCACCGCCAUCAAUCCCCAUUCCCAGCCGACCCCGGUGUCGGCCAGCAGCCAUUCCAGUAGCAGCGGUGUCAGCAGCUCCAACGACACCCCAUCGUGCUCGUCCGGCACUCCGCAUCACAACUGCAGCGGUCAAUAUCAACCGAUCCAGUUCAACUGGCAGGACGACGGUGACUCGAGCGGUGAAUCGGAAUCUUCGUCGUCGCGCGGAUCCUCUUCGUCCUCGUCGGGCUGCAGCAUGCACUGUGGACUGUCGACCGAUGGGGCGACCGGUGGAUCGCUGGCCACGACCCCCAUCAUCGCGGGUCCGGCGUCGGCUGGUGUCGGCGGUGCCGGAGUCCCGCCACACCUGGACUACAUGGCCCGCCGCGAGAUGCUCCAAGAGUUCCCGGGCCAGAUUCCGCAGCGCCGGCGCAAGUCGCGUACGCCGAAGAAACCGGGGGUUAUGGGCAAACCUUUGAUGUGGCAAGUGGCUGUGACGGCUGCCCUGAUCGUGCUCGGUUGCAGCUACCUGGCCGCUAGGUAGAAGCGUCGAACCGAACUCCCGG